AUGAGCGCAUUUGUGCGAGUAUCUGGCCGUCCGAACACGAACUUUCUGGUCGGGUAUCCGGGUAUCUCUGCCACGCUGCCUCGCAUUGAAGGCACUGUCGAAAUACGUCCGGGCGCUGGAAUCACAAGUCCCGUCAACAUCUCCAUCGUAACCAUCUGCCUGCAAAGGCGAGAGAGCAUUCAUCCCCAUGCCGAUUCAGUCACCAAGAAACACCUGGCCGCGCCCAGGAAGGAGGCGACGGAAACGGUGGGGAAAGAGAUGCUGUUGUUCCGGUGUCCUGCCAACCGAGAAUACGAAGAGAUCAUGUACAUGGACCUGCCGUUCGUGAUCUUCAUCCCCUUUGGACGAGGAGGACAGGAGACCGCGAGAAGAGUACCGCCUGCAAGCCUACAACUACCGCGGAGGACGGCCGAGACAUACUACGAGAUGGUGGUGACAGUUGGAUAUGGAGGCACAGAUCGCAAGACGUUUGCAUUUCCCGUACCUAUCUCGCGAUACGACACCCUUUCGACAUUCGGCAUGUACAAUCGCCCCGAAGCCGCGGAACGAGUCUCCGACCAUUUGGUGACCUUGGGCAUCUCGUUACCACGAUGGUCGUACGGGCCGCUUGACCCUGUCAGCGUGUACAUCAAGUUAUCGCCGAAUCCAGAUUGGUUGAGUAAAGCGCGGAAAGUGACCAUCAAGAAGCUCGAAAUAGGCAUCGACGAGGAGGUCAUCUACAACCACGAAGGCGACGAACCGCAAAGGAAGACGAAAAGCCUAGUCAAGAAGGUUGAGAACGUGGGCAUAAAGAUGCCCGAGGCCGGGUAUUUCACCAAUCUAGGCCUUGUUUUCCCUUCCAGUGAUCUGCGCGACUCGGAUGGGAUCAUGCCGCGAGGGAGACCGGCGUUUCCUACAUAUUCGGUCACGGGGUUCACGACAACGGCAGGGCUGUACAAGGUCGAAUAUUACCUGACCAUCAAGGCCUCUAUGGCAGGUGCAAAAGACAUCAUCCUGAAACAACCCAUCGUCGUCUGUCCACUCGACCAUGCCGCAUGCAAAGCCGAAAUGGAAGCCAUUGAACAGGCCGCUAGAGACGCCUCACAUGUGAAUGCCGAAAACCCCAUGCUCCCACUGGCCACGAUCAUAAGGGCUUCAGAUCCGAACGCGUUGAGUUGUCUAGGGGUUGCACUGGUGGGAGCCGCCAAGAAGCCACUAAUUGAUUGA